AUGUCGAUAUCACCAAUCAUCACCUUCAAGGGUGGCAUCUGCGAGCUAGAUGCCUCUGUCACCCCCAAUGCCGUAAAGCCACGACCAACGCCUGGAUAUAUUUAUCUUUACUCGGAAGAUGACCUCGUUCACUUCUGCUGGCGACCACGGUCCGCGCCCAUAGACGAGCCGGAGCUCGACCUGGUCAUGGUGCCCUCUGACGGAACAUUUACGCCAUACAAACCCACCAGCGCCCAGACGCCGUCUAACCCUGAUCGACCUACGAAUGGCAGAAUAUACGUUCUGAAAUUUGCCUCCAGCUCGCAGAGAUAUCUCUUCUGGCUACAGUCUCGGAGUCAGCACGAGCAGGGCAAUCCAGCAUGGUUUAGCGCGCGAGAUCUGAAGCUUGGCCAGAUCGUGAACACGCUGUUGCAGGGAGAAGAUAUCGACGUGCAAGAUGCCAUCGACAGCCUCCCCAGGGACGAAGGCGGUAAUGAUGGUGGGGAUGACGACGAAACCAUGGAAGACGUAGAGGGUACAGACCAUAGCCCCGAGAGACCACGACAUGGCGGGAGUGGAGGAGCUGGACCUGGUGCUACCGGUGGUGAUAUACGAGAAGAAGGUCAAGAAUCAAGAGAAGGAGGAGCAGAUGGCGGACGAGCCAACUUUAGCGCAUCGUUGGGCCCUGCUGCUGCCGGUUCGGACCCAUCGUCUGUUAUACAAAAUUUCCUUCACUCUUUGCAAGGAAACAACCAGCAAGAAACGGCAGAUUCGCAAUACACAACUCUCGCCGAUCUGCUGUCGCCUUCAUCUACGCUACCCUUCCUUGAAUCCGCAGACGAAAACACCCUCAAUCGGCUGCUUAGCUCUCUCCCCGAAUCGUUGCAGCUCCUCUCAAAACAAAACGCCAACGCACCCGUCGAGCGUAUCGGUGUCGACCGGAAGCGUGAUGCCCUUCGCAAGGUCCUUCGCUCUCCACAGUUUGCUCAGAGCCUAGGUAGUCUUACCAUGGCCAUAAGAGACGGGGGACUCCCUAGCAUCAGUGAUGCCUUGAAGAUCCCGGUCCAGAAUGGAGGUUUCAUGCGCCGUGGUGGUGUCCCGUUGGGUGGAGGAGAGGCUGUUAAGGCAUUUGUCGAAGGUGUGAGACAGCAAGUAGAGGACAGCCAGAAGGCUGACAGCAUGGAGACGGAUUAG